AUUCACCUGUUUUGAACAGCUUGAUUGCAAACAGGUGUGCGAGUAGUUUUUAAAGGAGCAUCACUCGUUGAAAAAAAGUCUAACAGUUUUCUCAACAUCCGAGCGCGAGGCAUUGUAGCGAUUCCCAAAACCUGGAAAAUUCUCCACAGGUGAUGUCCUCACUGCUGUUCCCCAGAACUGCAAUGAAGGACCUUUACUCUUCAUCCAAAUCCUCAGCGGGACCCUUCUCUCCGUCCCCCGGCGCCGUCCCUUCGGCCCCGCACCUCAUCGCCAGCGUGCAGCUGCAGAAGCUCAACUCUCACUAUCAGAACCUGGCGGGGUCUUCCGGCGGGACGGGGACGCAAAGCGCCUGUCCGGGCGGCGUCCUGGACUUUGACCCGGUGGACGAGGAGGUCCUCAUGUCGUUGGUGGUGGAGCUCGGGCUAGACCGUGCCAACGACUUGCCUGAACUUUGGCUGGGCCAAAACGAGUUUGACUUCAUGCUGAGCGAACAAACCUGUACCAAGUCAAUUCCACUUGGCGAACUAGCUAGCUAAUCUUAUCGAAAAGUCAAUUACAGUCACUGUUCACUUAACAUCUUUUCCAUUGCUGUUAACGUCAACAUGACUGGCUGCCAUUGACUGUGCUAGACGUCCAAUCCAUUUGACGUGGGAGCCAACCCUCCCACGUCAAAUGGAUCGUACUUAUAACGAUGGUGCAACCUAACCCAAAGACGAACAAUUUUUUUUUUUUUUUCAUCGGCCACCACUGACUGCGCUAGGCAUCCAGCAAACGAAGGAACCGGGACCCUUUGCAGUCUCAGAUUUCUUCCACGGUGAAAUCUUAAUGAAAACAAGUUGAUGGACAGGACGCACAAAGGCCCACCUGUUGCCGACGUUCCUCAUCCAGGAACAUGAAAGUCGGCCUCUGGACGUUAUAAGCAACAGUACGCGAGCUCUUUUCUCAAUGGACAGUAUUCUACUGUGCUCUCCCCCUCUCUCCGUGGUCUCACAAGGAAAGUAAUUGUCUGACAAGUGCUUAUCUCCAUGCACUCUCGUUUCUCUUCAUGUGGUUGAGCAGAACACAGAACAGUGGCUGAUGUCCGUCUGGACGGGAAGGACAACGGGGGACUGUUGUCGAGCGCCUCCGCGUGACGCGUCAUUUUUGCGGUUUUUGUUAAAUUGGAACAAAAAGAUGUGAAUUGAGUAAUGUCUGGUGGGCACACUCAGAUGUUUUGAGUUAACAUCCAGUUUUGGUUUGUCUUUGACGUCUGUUGCCGUCAAUGGCACUGACACAUGAUCUUUUGCUGUCAGGCUCUCUAUGGCAAUUUUCAUGACAAAUAAAUGACAAAAUGAGUUACUUGUGAAUGUAGUGUGUAAUUGAAGAUGAAAUUUAGUUGACUACUGUAUUUCCAAAAAAUUGUGAUUUAAAUGUGGCUAUCUUGUGGUUUCUUCUAUAAUUAAGUCAUUGACUACUAUUUUAUCCAAACACAGUAAGUUUCGGGUGUUAAAAACUCGGUUUGACUUGCACUAUUUUGAAAGCGAACGUGCCAAUUCGGUGUAUUUACAUUCAACGUUCAAGCGCGCUACUCGUACGUCAUCACUGUUCGACACGCUUUUAAUACGAACAAAUGAACAGAAUGUUUUAAAUUUCUCUGUAUUGUAUUUAAUGAACCUUUCAACCCGGGCCGGCCCAGGCCAUUUGGGGGCCCUAAGCAAAAUAAUGCCAAGGGGCCCAUAUUUUUGGCCCACCAUUUCGUCACAGUGCACUGUGAAACCAAUCCAACCCAUAUGUCCAUAUUUUGUAUAUUAAUCAGAUUUUGUUGCACUGCAUACUUCAAACUUCUCACCCCUAAU